GGUGAAUAAAAGUUAAAAAAAGAAAGGCUAUAUACUUAUAAAGUACAUCUUACUUUAUAAGAUGCUAACUUACACACAGACGCUAACUUCAAAGUGUUCAUAAUUACACGAUGUCUGAAUAGAUUCUAUGUUUGACUCUCGUUAUAAAUGUUGUUUGGAUUAACCAAUCACAGCUUCUGAAAACGAAUGUGUCAUACCUAGCAAUGAGGGUCCACCACGCCUCCUCACGAAGAUAAAAGUUUCUGUCCCCUCCUCGCUCAGAGUUGUUCUGAGAAUGUUCCUAAAUCAUUCCUAUAGGCUAAGACUCUCUGAGAGGAUUCUCAGGAUGUUUGUAAAUAUACGGGCCCGGGCAUUUUGUGCAGAAAAGUAGCCCAUCACAAAAGAGUUUUAGUUCCAACUCAUCAACACAUCUCAACUGCAUUCUGAGUAAAGGCUGAGAACAGACACACAUACAGAGCACGAUACAGCUAACCAAAACCCAUCACAGCAUCUACUUCCUGUGAGGAAACACUGAGUGGGCAGUCUGGGCAGGUUUCCUCUUAAGACUUCAAAUGCAUGUGAGCUACUCUACCAAUAACAGGUGCGAUGGAGAAUUUCUACAAACACACAGGCAUCAGGAAGACCUUUUCCCUGAUAUUUUACAUGGUCUGGAUUUCCUCACAAGCAGAAGGAAAGUUGGUUUUUGCUGAGGCUGGCCGGUCAGUGAACCUGCCGUGUAACAACAAGUCAAUCGGCCGUCCCACACAGCUAACAUGGAUGAUGAACGAGACUCAGCUCCUGUUCAGUUUCAUCCCAAAGCAACAGUUCCACAUGACUCCUGAAGCUCAGAUCCUGAACAUGAACAUGUCAGAUUCAGAGAGCAAGCUGUACGGACUGAUCAUAGAGAGAGCCCAGACGUCUCACACAGGAAACUACACCUGCAUGACCACCACACCGACGGGAGUUUGGGAACAGAAGUGGGAACUGAUCAUUACAGACCCUGUGGAAGUUAAACACUGGAAUAAGCUUGCGAUGGCAGCCACUGUGCCUUGUGUGUGUGGCCUGAUCUUUAUAAUAGCGUUGAUCAUUAUGCUGAAAGUCUGCAGAAAGGGUUCAGACACUUGUGUUCACUCUCUCCCUGCAGACAUGCAUGAGCAAACAGAGGAUAUCUAUGAAAAUUGCUUCGAGAGCCGUAGCAAAACCAGGGCUAACUGAUUCAAAGCACUGCCCGGAAAUGUAAAGGACAAGAGGAAUGUAAAAUUAGAAGUAAUAGGAAGACGUGUGAAACCGUGCACGAAAGCGGAAAUACACACCUGGACCUCAAUCAUGGUUAUUUCUGGUGUGCAGCAAAAACAAACUUGUUUGCAUUGCUUUUAUUUAAGAUUAUUAGUUUGGACUUUAUUUUAUAUUUCCUUUUUUUUUUUUUUUUUUUUACAUAAUUCUUCACUGCUCACUCAAUAAAUCUACUAUAUGUAACAAAGAAAAUAAUCUUUACUUAAAGCUGCAUAGAAACAUUUUCUGCCCAGUAUAACCAGUAUGACUCUUCUUCCUCUUGUUGAUAUUUUCUACUCCUUUAGUGUGUAGGUCGACACAUGUUCCACUGUGUCGACCUACAAGUUACUAACUAAGUCUUUCUGGAAUUUGUUUCUGAGCUGGUUUUUUUUUUUUUUUUUUUAGAUCUGUGGCUUUUUUUGAUACCUACUUCCCGUCAAACAGAUUAUUUAAAGGACAGUGACUGCCAGGCCAGAAAAAAAACCAGGGUUCAAACAGCCUCUAACUGCACUAAGAAAAAGUGCAGCUUUAAAGGAUAGGGGGAAGUUUUCCAGUCAGUGUUACUGUUGAUGUUUUUACCAGACAACUUUUUCAGUAUUAAAGAAACUUAUUCUUAAAUCGAGCGAAACGAUGUGGCAGAUAAAAAAAAAAGUGUAGUGAUCAAAAAUGAAUAAUAAAACUGUAAAGAUAUAAAAGUG